GUGGGACCAUUGGACUUACGAGGAACUCAGAGUUCCACCCCCUGCUGACAGACCCUAAAGCAACAGAGGGGGAACAUGUAUGGGGGUGGAAACCCACCGAGGAACAUCACCAGAUAAACCAGGUACAUCCAGUCCAUUGGAAGAGGCUUUAGGAAGUUGAAGAGUGGGAAGCGGCACACGGGGGCACCGUCCAGGUAUUUGUAGUCCACACGACUAAGGCCACGCUCUUGUGUGAUGUCCACAGCCAUGAGCAGACCUGCACAAUUUUUGUGUCAACAAUCACCUUGCUAGUAAAUCUAAAAACUAUUGCGGACAAGAAUCUAUUUACCAAACAAGCAGCGGAAUAUGCCCAGGGAUGCAGGGUCCAUGGGCCGGUUCAGGAGGGCCACCAGGCUGGACCAGGAGGUCAGGUCCUCCUUUUUGAAACCGAAGAUCUUCUCCAUCUUACUUUGGGGUGCGGCUUUGUCUGUUUUUUUGGGGGCUGGAAGACUUUUUGCUGAUUUUUGAUCUCCAUCGCUGCCCACUAAAGCGCCUACAGUUCACAAAAUCACAACCCCAUUUGGAAGAUCUACACGUGCAUCAUACUGGUCGUGCAGGAUUUUCUAUUUAAACUAACUCGUGCAAACGCUAAGGUAUCAAUUUUAAAAUCAAAUAAAUGUUGUUCAUGCUCUGUUUCAAACAGAGCUGCCAACUCUCACGCUUUGAGCGUGAGACACACGCAAUUGCCUGUUUUCUCACGCACGCAUGCCACACAUCCAAUUUCUCACGCAAAAAAAACCAAUCGGAUUUUAGGCCGAGGCUCGUUCGUUUCUUUUUCAAACUCUCCGACAGUAGAUGGCGCUACUCGCCACUGUAACCCUAUUCGCUGCAUAAACAUCCUAGUUGCGACAGAAGAAGACCUUCAAGAAGACAAUCGCGGGAGAAACUCGAAUGGACAAAGAAUCUCUGAAGAAAGUCAUAUCCAAUCUGAAGAUUACAGACAGAGAUUAGGAAAGGAUGGGGAACAUGGGAAGCAGGUUUCAGUCCUCCAAGGUACCAGAGGAAAGCGGCGAAAGCAGCCGCAAACAUCAGUGCGAAUGGAAGAGGAAACGAAAUACGCAGUGCGACUGUGAAGAUGAGAAGGAGGACGACGACGCCGUUCUCGAUACGCCACGGAGGAAGAAACUGAAAAGCACCUCCAAUUAUAUUUAUCAAACAUUGUUUCUCAAUGGAGAAAACAGCGACAUUCGCAUCAGCGCGCUGGGACAAGAGUGGAACCUUCAUAAAUUAUACCUCUGCCAGUCAGGGUAUUUUUCCAGUAUGUUUAGCGGCUCUUGGAAGGAGUCUAAUAUGAUAGAAAUCAACCUGGAGAUACCUGACCAGAACAUUGACAUAGAAGCUCUGCAUGUCGUCUUUGGAUCCUUGUACCGUGAUGACGUUCUCAUCAAGCCCAGUGGGGUUGUCAGUAUCCUUGCAGCUGCUUGCAUGCUACAGCUGGAUCCUUUGAUACAACAGUGCGGCGAGACGAUGAAGGAAAACAUCAGCUCUAAGACUGUGUGUGGCUACUAUGCUUCCUCUUGCAUCUACGGCUUGGAUUCCGUCAUGAAAAAAUGUCUGGAAUGGCUUCUAAACAACCUCAUGACACACCAAAAUGUGGAGUUGAUGAAAGAAAUUGGAACAGAGUUGAUGGAGCAGCUCAUCCAGUCAUCUGAUCUGUUUGUCAUGCAGGUAGAGAUGGAUGUCUACACUGCUCUAAAGAAGUGGAUGUUCCUCCAGCUCGACCCCUUGUGGGACGGACCCAUCAAGCAGCUUCUGUCCGAUGCCGACGCCUGGCUAUGCAAGCGGAGGACAGACUUGUGUGAGAGGGAGCCCUUCCUAAACACUGAGGAAGGUGCCCCUUUUGCCCGCGUGUUCAAACACGUGCGCCUCCAAUUUAUCGUCAACGACCUCGCUUCCGCACGCAUUUUGGAGAAGGACAACAUUUUACCUUCUGAUUGGUUGUUAGCCGUAUACAAGACACAGUGGUUCGCCAUGUUGCGGACAGAAUUUGACAAUGAUAAUGGCCCUCAGGAAACCAACAAAGAAGAAUUUGAGUUGAGCAGUAUGAGAUGUGGCAGAAAACUGACCAAAGAUGGAGAUUACUGUUGGCGAUGGACAGGUUUCAACUUUGGUUUUGACCUGCUGGUAACCUACACCAACCGCUUCAUCAUCUUCAAAAGGAACACAUUAAGUCAACCAUGUGGGGGCGCUGUGAGCCUGCAACCACGGAGACAUCUGGCGUACAGGUUACGCUUGGCCUCCUUUGACAAUCUUGGCAAGCUGAUGUGUAGCCGCUCUACCGGUUAUCAGCUUCUCACACUUGAGAAGGACCAGGAGUAUGUAGUCAUGAACCUCGACAGCCGCCUGCUGUCCUUCCCGCUCUACGUGUGCUGCAACUUCAUGUACACGUCGCCGUACGCGGACCAGCGCCAGGAGGCAUCGGAGCACGAGGGAAGCGGCCGCUGCAUUUCCUGAUGCACGCCCGAUAGCUGCCACGCGUUCCUGUGGUAACGUUGGCACUGUUUGUACACUCCGCAGGCGCUUUCAUCUUGGCAUUUCUGGAAUUAUGCCUUUUUUGUAUGCCAACAGGUAUGAUAGUUUCACAACAUGAGCUGUUUUCAUCCGAUAAAAUGAACCGUGUAUUGAAGAUUGGCAGUAAUGGAUAUCAUUUACACAUUCGUAGUUUGUUUUCACCUUGUAAUUACAUUUAGAAUAUGUAAAGAAAAAAACUAAUCACUCGAGUAAUUUAAUGAUGUGCUCCACUUGGGUUAAGAUUCACUCACUUCUACUGUAAAACUUUUAUUUCACGAGCACUCACGUCUUUUUUUUUUUCUACGGGGUUUUUCACAAUGUACUGCUUCUGUAUUAAGUUACAUUUCAUCACCUGCUGAUGAAUUUGCCUCAUGUCAGGGAAGGCUGUACAAGCUUUCAGUCACUCAUGCUUAAGUGGCAUCCCUUAUGUUUUUUCUGCCUUUAUUUAUAUUUUUAUUAACAUUUUUUGUAUGUAUACAAGUUGUUUCUUGCCAAUAAAUCUGCCCGAUGAUAUGGGCUGUGGUGCUAUCGUAUCGUAAUGUAAUAUUUACAUGUUUGCGACUGUACUGUGCUAACUUUAUCACCGUAUAUUUCGAACUAAAAGUCGCACCAGAGUAGGGCUACAGCUAUCGAUUAUUUUAGCAGUCGAUUAAUCAAUGAACCAUUUAGUUCGAAUAAUCGAGUAAUCGGAUAAAGAACAUAAAAAAUUAAAAUACUUGUGCUGAGCCUCAAAAGGCAUAAAUGAGGAUCUAUGUACAACAUAAGAACAGUUGGCUAACUCACAUAGCAAAAGUCCACUAGCUUAAAUGCUAUAAAAUGCCAAUGUUUUUUUACAAUGCUCUUAACAAAUGGUUCAGACAUAUAUUCCCACAGAAAAUGGCUAAAUAUACAGUACAUAUAAACUAAAUUACGAAUGCAAAAAAAUAACAAAACAUUAGCUCAAACAAAAACCUAGCUUAUGUUGGUCUUAACAGGGAGCAGAUGGAUUCAGCCAUGUGAAAUGAGGUAGAAUAGACGGCCGUUUAUCCACCCGAGUUAAGAAAACUAAAUGCAAACCCUUUAAAAACAAACCAUUACGACGCCACUUUAAUGAAACGAAUACUCGAAGCAGAAAAAUUUGAUGCGAAUCUUUUUUUCUAAUCGGAUACUCGGGUUAAUCGAUUAAUCGUUGCAGCACUACACCAGCGUAUAAAUGUUUGGUGGAAAUUAUUUUGAUAAAAUCCAAUUCCAAGAACAGACAUGGCAUCUUAAAAGGCAAUUUAAAACUAAAAUAGAAUAGAAAACAACAGACAGCCAAGGAACACUUUUAAUUUUUUCAUAACAAAUUCAUUCUAUAAUUUAUUUACCCUCCCCCCUUACUAAAGUUUUUUUUUGCAACAGAAAAGGUGACAGUGGCAGUCAUAUACCAUUUGAAUUUUUUUCAGGUCAUUCAUUGUCAGAAGGAGCACAGCAAAACGCCACGCUUAAAAAUAAGUAAAAAUAUCAAAAUGGCUUAGCUCUUCAUCCUCUGUAGGACCAUGGCCCCCAACAAAAUGUUUACUGCAUAUGAAAUGUGAAUGGCUUCACCUUGCUGGCAUUAAACUGGUCUUUUGGACGUCCGCGCAAGUUCAUCCAUUCAUCACAUUUUUUUCCCCCUGGUUUCUGGUUUUGGGAAAUGUAUGAAGAACAUUUUUCAUAUGUUGUAACGUCUAGAGUUGUUUCUGCAAGUUCCG